AUGUAUGUUAUUAUAAAUAUAUCCAUUUUAUAUAUUUUGUUACUUAUAAUAUUUAAUAUAAAAUCCAGUGCAAGUAUUUACAUAUAUGAAAAGAAGUUUAAAAAUAUGAUGUCCGAUGUAAAUUACUAUAAUACAAAUAAGACACAAAAUGAAUGGAAAAAUAUAAGAAUAAAAUUUAAUAAAUAUAAUCUUACGAGUAACAAUAAAAAUACAGAAUAUUAUAAGAGAUUAACUAAACCAUUAUAUGGACUUAUUCAUAAAGCAUUAUGUGAUAAUAAUGAUUAUGUAGAAAUAAUAAAGAGGAAAAAAUAUUCUUCCUUUUGUAUAUUACAUACAGGGAAAAAGGUUCUUCAAAAAUGCAUGAAAAAAAGCAAGAUAAAUAACUACCAUUUUUUGUUUCAUUCUUCUUAUAUAUCUAGAUGUAAUAAUAAAAAAAAGUGUAACUAUGAAGGAACUAUAAAUUAUAACAUGUUUAAAUUAAAUAUUCAGAAUAUAAAAUAUGAUAAUAUAUUAUACAAGAAAAAAUGUUUACAACAAAUGUAUUUUAAUAAUUCUAUAUUUAAUAACUUAUAUAAUUGUGAUCAAUUAAAUAAUAAAAAUAGAAUCUUUUCUAUACGUUCUAUAUCUAAUAAUACUAUAAAUAAAAUGAAUACCAUUAAUUGUUCUACAAACAAAUAUGACAAUACAAUUAUUGAUGGAUACAAUAGUAUUAAUGAACAGGAUAAUACGGAAGGGAUAUAUAUUAGUAAUACUUACGAUGAUAUUAGCAGCGUUCAGGUGCAACAAAUGGGUUUACAAAAUAUAAUAUUUCAGGAAGGUAAGUUGGAUGAAAAAAAUCAAAAAACAAAAGAAAAUAUAAACAACAUAGAAAAUAAAAACAACAUAGAAAAUAAAAAUAAUAUAGAAAAUAAAAACAACAUAGAAAAUAAAAACAACAUAGAAAAUAAAAACAACAUAGAAAAUAAAAACAAUAUAAACAAUAUAGAAAACAUUGCUGAGAAGAAAAAGAAAAAGAGAUUUUUGUCUGAAGAAUCCAAAACAAGAAUGAAAGAAAAACUUAGAUUAAUUAUGAAGAAGAAAUGGAAAAAUCAUGAAUUUCGAAAAAAAAUGAUUAAAUCAUUUAGAAAACGUAGUAUUGAUCAUAACAAAAAAAUAUCAGACACUGUCAAAAAUAAAUGGAAAUAUGAUAAGGAAUAUAAAUUAAAAACAUUAGAAGGUCAACGAAAAUAUUUCAUAAAAAAAAGUAAAAGUAAAAAAUUCAAUUCUCCUUCCCAAGAAACCAGAAACAAAAUAUCAAAAUCAAUGAAACAAUAUUGGUUAAAUAAAAAUAAAUAUACUAAAAGUGAUAUGAAUAAUUUACAAUCAUUAGUUAUGAAAAAGAAAAAACAUAAAAAAGUAUGGGAAAACAUUUAUUCAAUUAUAUUAAAUCAAAAAAUUGAUGACAUAACAAAUUAUCAAACGUUUCAUCACAACUUAUCUGUAAAUUUACAAGCUGCUCUGAAUUGA